GGACCAUCAUUUUUUUAUACUCGUAGCGCACUUAUUCGUCCAUAUACUUCGUACUCUACUCUGUACUCCGAACGCACUAUGCACGGAGCCAUCAUCGCCGCAUGAAUCUGCUCUUUGCAGCCUCCGCAUGGCCUUCUCUUCGCAGGGUGCAACGACCCUGUUGCAGACUCUCGGCGACCUGCGUACUGCCACCGAUACUGCAUCCGUGUCGCAGGUGUUGAAGAGGAUCAAGUAUGAAGUCAGUGGCCAUCUCUCCCGCAAGAUCGACUACGUUCACCACGGUCUCCUUCAUCUGCUGGACAAAGCUUUGGCUGAUUUCAUCGUUACUCCGCCUACUGAUGACAACGACUUGAUCUUUACGCAUGCUGCGCAAGUGCUGUGUGUCAUUGCUCACGAAGGCCCUUCCUUUGUCCAGCCCAUCCUCGAGACAGAUAUCUUGCAAAGUCUUCUCAAGUGCCUCCUUCAGCCUCGGAGUUCCAAGACCAUCCUCACGAUCCUAAGAUGUCUCAACGCUGUCGCCGAAAACAUGCCACCUUCUAGCCCUGGUCAAUGGGUGCAGGAUGGAAGGCUGGCAGAUUUGUUAUAUUCGAAACAAUAUAUCCAGUGCACCACGCGAAUCGUUGGAAUUGCAGGAGACACUCUCUCCUCGCAGCAGGCAUGCGAUGCAAUGCUCGCUGUGCUCGCCAAAACUGUGACAUCGGAGCAACACAAACGAGCUUUGGUAGAUACUGGUAUGCUGACAAUAUUGGCUGCUCGUCUGGCAUCGUUUGUGGUUGCAGAGGGCCUGGUCCCGCCCGGUUCAGAGGCUUUGGACAGCGACAACAGCGUCUUUUCAAUUUUACCAGAUCCCGCUCCGCCCUUUGCUCACCUAUCCCCCGUCCUGGAGGCCAUCUGCCUUUUGAUCGAGCGGUCCGCAGAACGUGCAGCAAUGUUUUUAAGCGACCCUUCCAUCAAAGUCGUAUUUCCCGAUAUUAAGGACAAUUUUGCACCCUUCGAUAUCCGACGGGCUCCGUCAGGAGCUGCCUAUUUCUCUGGAGGAGCCGUGCCUCGCUCAUGCCCACAAGGGCCAUUUGAUCCUCUGUUACCCUUGACUCUUGUGCUCGAAAAAUCGAAUUCACCUUUUCCUCCCUUACCGCCCCUGGGGUCCAGCAUCGCUAUCCCAAAGCGCCGAGCAUCAUUCCGUCCAGCUACCUCAAAUCUUCAACAACCAAGUGCGGAACAGCCUGAUACAGAUGACCUCGAAGAGAGCUCGGUGAUUUCCUGGCUCUUAUAUAUGGUUCGUGCUUCAAAAGGAAGGAGGCGCAUGCUGGCAGCGAAGCUACUUGUCCAUCUAUACAGUCUAAAUUUCGUGAAGAAGGAACGGGGCACGUCAUUUACUUCCUUGCUAGUGCCCAUUCUUACGCGAAUGCUUGAGGUCGACGUGCUCAAGUCGGACUCCGUGCGGCAAGGUAACGGGGUAUACCUAGGGAAUGGCUUACAUUAUGCAAAGGAAAUACCUGCCGUCCUUGCAGUACUCAUUAUGGACGACCCUGACAUGCAAAGAGUGGCAGUGGAAGGAGGUGCUAUCGCAACUCUGUCGACAGGCCUCAAGUCAACUUUUGAGAACACAUCCGGGCGAAAACCAAAGCCUUGGCAACCUCGCAAGGCCCAAGAAUCUCAUGCAGAUGUCUCGAUAUCUGCGACUAAGCUCGGAGGCCAUGCCCCAAGCCCGGCUAUCAGGCGGGAAAUGGAGUAUCGUAAAGGGUGUCUACAGGCACUGGCCGCGAUUGCACCUUUCGACGAUGACUAUCGUAAAGAAAUUUGCAACCAAGGGGUGCUGAACUACCUUCUACUGUCUCUGGAACUCUACCAGAUUGAAAACAUUGACGACCCACAGAUGGAGAUCAAUGGCAACUCUGCGCCUGUUCUUAUGGCUGCUUGUGGUAUCGUACGAGUGCUGACACGCUCGGUUCAAGCCUUGAGGACAAAGAUCAUUGAAGCUGAAGUCACAAAACCAAUCAUCAAGCUCAUGAGCUCGACAAACCCCGAAGUAAUAAUAGCUGCCACCCAGGUACUCGCCAACUUGGCAAUCGACUUCAGUCCGGCCAAAGAAAGCGUGCUUGAGCCGAGUGUGGUGAAAAAGCUAUGUGAACAAGCACAUUCGGCCAAUGCACGACUUCGUUUUGAGUCACUAUGGACACUGAAACAACUGGUAUGCAACUCGAGCAGGAAGCUGAAGCAAGAUGUGGUCGAUGAACUCGGUCCGAGCUGGAUCAAACUCUUGAUCAAGACCAACCCUGGCGACAUUCCCGAGGGUGAAGUGAUUGGCUUGGUUGAGCGAGAUUAUCCCCCUCUCCCCGGCUCCCAACGGACGUUUUCUGCCGCCGACAAACCCGACGACAUAGUAAUGAGCGAAGGAUCCGGUGACAGCAGCCGACUGCCACCUACAAGCUUGGUUGGCGAUGCAGGUCUCGAUCAACACGGGUUCAAUAUGAGACAUACUCCAGAAGAUGACACGGAGAUCCAGGCUCAACUCCUCGAUCUUCUACGUAACUUGUUCUGCGGCGAAAAUGCCUCUGAGCUCGUCAAGUACAUCUUCGAUGAGAUGGGUCAGGAUGAGUUCUUCCGCAUCAUGCUGGAUCGACUUCGCCCGCGCACGCUCGCCGGGCCAACACGCAAGGAAAAUGUUUCCACGCCUGCACCGACGACGAUUGUCGUCAAGGUGCUGUAUAUUCUCGCUCACAUUUGCGCGUGCGAGCCCAAAUGGCGCAACCUCAUCACCGGCCAACAGGCCUUGAUGAAGCAGGUCCUCUCCUUUUCCGGCCACGAGGAUCGCGAAGUCCGUGCCCAAGUCUGCUGGAUCGCCAUCAACCUGACGUACGAGGACGACGUGAGUGAACGUGCGGCGUGCAAACAACGUGCGCAGGAGUUGCAACGGUACGGCUACGUGACACAUGUGAGGAAGUUGGAGGGUGACCCGGACAUCAAUGUCAGAGAAAGAGCAAAGACCGCGAUGCACUUGAUGAGCAAGUUGCUGGUGACAUGAAGAUACGUCUGUCUAUGCGGGAGUAAGAACAUCAAGUAAUUGGAACACACACGCACACGGGGAGAGGUGCGUAUCCGAACGUAUGUCGUGGUCGUGGUUACAUGGCCAUGGUCAUGAUGAUGAAUUUAUCCUGCCAGGGGUUUGUUCCGUGGGUACCGAGUGCAAUGUGUGGAGGUGUGUGUGCGCAGACAGAAUUGGCAAAGGCGACAGACGGAUGGCUCGAUUUAUUCUGUUUGCGGACUAUCAAUUCAGUCGCCUUGUAUAUCCUACAUGGGUAGACCUAUUGCGCCAAACAUACCUACGCACCUAACUACUUGCUCGGCCAACUAGUUAAUCAGGAU